GACACAAAUAAAAAAGGAGCUUCGUACGGAAAAUCAUUUAUCAACCACAAUGGCCCCAGAGUUAACGAAUUUUGAAUCGGACUCGUCGGCACGCCAGCAGUACUCGGCGCACAAUCCAAUAGAGCAAUACGUUUUACUCGCAAAAGGAACCAAAGGGGCAGCUUGCAUCGAGUUGAUCAAACAGGUCCUGGAAGCACCGGGAGUUCACGUAUUUGGAGAGCUAUUGGCGAUGCCAAACAUCGAGGAGUUAAAGAAUGGUGCGAAUGCAAAUUAUUAUAACACACUGAACCUGUUCGCCUAUGGAACGUAUCGUCAAUAUCUUGAGAACCAGGCCGAACUGAUUCCGCUAACGCCGGCAAUGCAAAAGAAACUGCAGCACCUUACGGUGGUGUCUUUGGCGAUCAAAAGCAAAUGCAUUCCAUACAAUGAGCUGCUCGAUGAGCUGGACAUUAAGAAUGUGCGUGUGCUGGAGGACUUGAUCAUCGAAGCCAUUUACGCUGACGUUAUACACGGUAAGCUUGACCAGAAGAACAAACAGCUGGAGGUAGAUUACGCCAUCGGUCGGGAUAUUCGCAAGGGCGACAUAAAGGAAAUUGCCUCCACGUUGCAAGAGUGGAGCGAUUCCUGCGAAACCAUUUUGCUCUGUCUAGAGACACAAAUUAAUCGAGCCAACACCGAGAAGCAGAAGCGUAUUAAGCACAAGGAGGCGAUCGAACAAGAGAUUUCGAACCUCAAGAAAACGAUAAAGACUCAAUCGGUAGAAUCAGAUGAAGCAAUGGCUACGGACGGCUGCCGCGAUAUGGCUGGCGGGCUCGAUCUACGGAAAAAGCCAACAAAAUCCAAGAGCCUUAAAGGUUGCGGUCCAGGCAAGUCAGUAUCGAAAUGAUUGGCUUAACACACUACCAAGAAGACACAGGCGCCACAGACUGCCAGCCGAAGGGCAGUUUUGGGAUGUUAAAUCAUUAGUUUCUUUUUUACGUAAUUUUCCUUUUAUUUAUUCGAUGUUUAAAAAGGAAAGGCUGCACACAUCGUGUCGUUUCUUACUUUAUUAUCAGUACUAUGAAUUGUGAUGCAAAACACGAAUAAAUAAUCGCCGGAGGAUUUUUUUUAUUAAUGGAACAUACAACGUAUUCAGUUAAAUUCCGAAAAUGGGGAAAUCGUAACUAUAUUUAGGUGCAAAGCUUUGCAAAUGCCACGCUACACCUGUAGCACUUCCGGCUGAAAGUUGCGAGACACUAGCACGAAUGAUUCUUUUGGUUCAAUCACUACUUUAUCCAUUGGAACUAAAUCAUGCUCCGUAUGGUUAGAUGCCGCACACACGACAGCUAAUAAGCCAACCGAAAGGGAAGGCUCGUAGGUUUGGAGAUUGAU